AUGUAUACUAAAUGUGGGAGUAUGCUUAAUGCACGCCAAGUAUUUGACAAAAUGUCUCAACGAGAUGCUGUAUCUUGGACUGCACUGAUUUCUGGGUAUGUUCAAAACGGUGAUGGCAUAGAAGCCUUGAAUUUGUUUCGCGAAAUGCACGGAGAGGGCUUAAAGAUGGAUCGCUUUAGUUUGUGUAGCGUCCUAAGAGGGUGUGCUGGUAUGGCUGCUUUAGAAUCAGGUCAGCAGUUUCAUUCCCAUGUUAUUAAAUUGCUGCUUGAAGGAGAUGUUAUUGUAGGCAGUGCGCUUGUUGAUAUGUAUGCAAAAUGUGCAAGUUUAGAGAAUGCACAGAAAAUAUUUGACAGAAUGCCUGAGCGAAAUGUGGUCACUUGGACUGCAAUGGUUUGUGGAUAUGCUCAGAAUGGCCAAUUUGAGGAAUUCUUUCACCUCUUUGGACAAAUGCAAAGACUGAGAGUGGAGUUGAACUUUGUUACAUAUGUUGGUCUCCUUACAGCGUUUUCCAACUCGGGAUAUCCAGAACAUGGGAGACAGAUCCAUGGAUGCAUCGUCAAAGUUGGACUUGCAGAAGAUGUUUCUGUGGCUAAUGCCCUUGCUAGUAUGUAUAUAAAAUGUGGGAGAAUGGAGGAUGCAUUCGUUGUGUUUGAUAGAUUGCCUAAUCCAAAUCUGGUUUCGUGGACUGCAAUGAUUACUGGAUAUGCCCAGCACGAACAUGGUGAAGAGGCUCUCAAACUCUUUAUUCAAAUGUGUAACGCAAACCAAAAUCCAAAUCAAUUUACUUAUGCCGGUGUUGUCAAAGCUUGUGCCACUGAUGGAGCCAUGGAAGAAGGCAGGCAGCUGCAUUCCCACGUCAUCAAAAGUGGAAUAGAGAGGCAUGUCUAUGUGGGGAAUGCUCUUAUUACCUUGUACGGCAGAUGUGGAAGUAUGCAAUCUGCACAGAAGGCGUUUGAGGAUAUACAGAGGCCAGAUGUGAUCUCAUAUACCGCACUGCUAGCUGGAUUUGCUCAAAACGACCUUUGUAUGCAGGCUUUCAAUCUGUUUUGCAAAAUGCAGCGGUCAGACAUGGAAAUAGACAACUUUGUCUUUGCUACUGUUCUUAGUGCAUCUGCUAGCCUGGGAGCUUUAGGAAUGGGCAAUCAAUUACACGCUCAUGCCAUCAAAGAUGGAUUUGAGUAUGAUUUAUUUAUUCAGAAUGCUCUUGUUGACAUGUAUAUUAAAUGCAGGAGCAUGAAAGAUGCACAAAAUGUUUUUGAUAAGAUGCUUCACAAAGACGUUGCCUCAUGGAAUGUAAUGAUAUCAGGGUAUAGUCAGAGUGGACAUGGGGAGAAUGCUCUGAAACUCUUUUUCCAAAUGCAAGAAAGGGGCAUAGAUAAAGAACUUGUUACCUUCACCAGCGUCCUCAGAGCAUCUGCCAGCCUAGCUGUUGUGGAGCAGGGAAGACAGGUUCAUGGCCUGAUCUUUAAAACUGGGUAUGAAUCGGAUGUUUCUGUGGGGAACACACUUGCUGACAUGUAUGCAAAGAGUGGCAGCAUACAUUCAGCUCACAAGGUAUUUGAUAACAUGCCUAAGAAGGAUUCGGUAACAUAUAAUGUGAUAAUUUCAGGAUAUUCUCAGCAUGGACAUGAAAAGAAAGCCCUUCAAUUCUUUGAGGAGAUGCAGUUGGCCCAUAUGCCACCAAAUGACAUCACCUUUAUUUGUGUUCUCUCUGCUUGCAGUCAUGUAGGUCUAGUUAAUGAAGGUCGCAACUACUUCAAGUCUAUGACUCAAGAUCAUAACAUCAAACCGAGAAUGGAGCAUUAUGCUUGUAUGGUUGAUCUACUCAGCCGAGCUGGGUGUUUCGACGAGGCAGAGAAUUUUAUUAGGGAGAUGCCAUUUCAACCUGCGGCAGUAAUUUGGAGGACAUUGCUUGGUGCAUGUAGAAUUCAUGGCAACAUAGAGCUGGGAAAACAUGCAGCAAAAUGUGCUCUUGAAUUGGAACCACAGGAUUCUGCAACCUAUUUGUUGUUGUCAAAUAUGUUUGUAGUGGCUAACUUGCAGAUUGAUGCAGUAAAUGUGAGAAAAUUGAUGAAGGAUAGGAGGGUGAGAAAGGAGCCUGGGCAAAGUUGGAUCCAGCUAAAGGAUGAGGUGCAUUCCUUCAUAGUUGGAGAUACAUUUCACUCACAAACUGUUUGA